AUGCCGAAGGCCGUGGCACCAUUGCGACAACCUCAAGCAACCUCCAAGUCCUCAAACUACCGAUGGUACACGUUCGUGACCAUUCGUGCCGGGGAGCGGACCCACAAGAAAAUGAGCUCAUAUUUCAGCUCCAAGGCCUACAGCGCCACCAAGACUUCCAAGUGCUCCAAUUCCUGCAAAGGCAAAUCUGCUGGUGCAACACAGGGCUGUAUCUUUAGCAUAGUCACUUUCUUGAGAAACAUUUGCUUCGCUACCAUGUCUCGACAGGAAUCUGUCGCGUCUCCAAAAGAUGCAGCAGGCUCAGUGGAGGAACCAAAAGCAAACCCGACUUCAACAACGGCCCCAACUCCCGUGACCACCCCACCACCCGUAGCCACACCGCCUGCAGCUGCACCACUUCCACCUGCAACUCCGCCACCAGCUGCUACACCCCCACCAGCUGCCGCACCUUUGCCAGCUGCAGUGCCCCCGCCAGCUGCCACAGCACCUCCACCCGAGGCAGCUCAGCCAACCAAGCCACCCGCUUCCGAGUCCAAGAGCGAAAAGGAGCCUUCGAAAGAAGAAGUUCCUCCAGAGACCAGCCCUGCAAAGGAAGCACCUCCCAGCACCCCUUCCUCUUCCGAUUCCAAGAAAAGUGAGGCAAAAGAGAAGAAGGGCUUUGGCUGGUUGCUGAAAAGGAACAAGUCGGCAGAGGCUCCCCUCCUGGCUGAGCUCUUAGAGGAAAAGGACGAAGACGGUCAGCCUCCGACGGUCUACUUGCGCGCAGUUGCCAGCGAGCUCUGUGUGGAUGCGCCAAGUGGUGUGUUCGAAGGAACAGAGGGCCUGAAGGUGGUUCCGGCCUCUGUGCCCGUUGCCACGCGCUCGGUGCUGCUGCACGCGGCAGUGAAAUCGGAGGCUGAGAAGCUCACUCCGAAACUUGCUGCGGAGGGCGCCAUGAGCGUGGCAAAGUCCAUGAUUCGAGAACUGGUCGACAGGGCAGCUGAGAUCAAGGAUGCCAAAGAAAAGAGGGAGGCCUUGGACCAAAUUGUGCUGAUAAGCGAGAGCUCCCAGAGCCUGGCCAGCAGUAUCGCGCCAGAUGUGGAAGUAGGCCCGCCAGUCUAUGAUGGUCCUCUGAGAUACAAGUCUCUUGAACAGAUGUUUGAUAUCUACCUGGACGGUGUCAUGGACAACCUCCAGCAGAACAUGAUGCAAGCUUUUACCGGCGGGCAGGAUGCAUCUGGCCAGUCUGUAGCCGAGAUUACGGCCAGGGCCGAGCAAGCUGAAAAAGCGCAGACCGCGCUGUCAGCUAUCUUUAAGAUCUCUGAAGGGAAGGUUCAAAAGUUGAUGGAGAAAAAGUCCGAGAAAGUUCAGAAGGAUCUGCUCGGCGGCCUUCUGAGCGGCGACGCGUAA